AUGAAGAAGUACAGGGAAUACCUCGCCUUGCUGUACAAAAAGUAUAAAACAUUCAAAGAGGAGUUCACAGCUAUAUUAAACUGGCCGCUGAUGCCAACGGAGUUUGAAGAUGCCUGGGCUGAACUCUUACACAAGUACAACCUGGAGAACGACCAGAUGAUGAUGCAGCUGUGGAGUGAUAGGAAGAUGUGGAUUUCAGCAUAUUAUAAGAACAUUUUCUGUGCUAGAAUGACUUCCACACAACGAAGCGAGAGCAUGAACCAUGUGCUCAAGAAAGGGUUUGUCAAGGGGACCCAGAACCUACACAAGUUUGCUAGGCGGGUUAAUGCUUGCAUACAAACUCGGAUGCAGAAGGAGAACGAGCAAACAAUGACCAGCAUGACCAAUCCUAUGACAAAAACAACUUACGGCUACGAGGAAGACAUGUUUAUCAAGUACACGAGAGCCGUGUACAUAGAGAUGAGGACUAGGAUGAGAAAAGCCACGCUAUUUCGCGCAAAGUGUACAGCAGAGCCCACUAAGUACCUUGUGUACUACCACAACAAGCCUGGCCAUGAUGAUGAAGAAAGAUUUUCCUGGUCAAAGCAUGAAUUCCAGGUUGUAGCUGACCCAGAGAAUGAAAUAUACGAGUGUGAAUGCAAGCUCUGGACACACACAGGCCUGUUCUGCCUUCACAUCAUGAACAUACUGGACUACCUGAAGCCUGACAAAUUUCCAAACAAGUAUAUCCUCAAACGGUACACAAAGACUGCAAAAUCACAACCAACCUUUGAUACAAGGGACUACAACACAACUACAUCGGAUGACAGCUCAAGACAUCUUGCUGCAGCUAAAUUUGAUGGUUAA